AUGGACUCUGCUCGUCCCAAACGAAAGACAACUGUCAACGUCAACUACAAAGAAAAAAGCGAGCUUGACCUUGUGCACGAACAAGAGCGAGAAGCAAGUGCUAUCAAGAAAGCCACCAAGAAGGCCGAGCCUCUUAAACCCGAGACGCCUACAAAGCUAGCAGGUAAGAACAAGAGCCAGGACAAGUCUCAAUAUGUUCCGGUUGACGAAGUGGUACCGACAAAUUUUCAGCCCGAGUGUGACCAGGAAUUCAACGUUGUGCUUGAUCUCAAGGGCGCAAAGGUGGAAAACAACGUUCUCACACUCAAGGAUGGAACGAGAAUAAAAAAGGGAGAUUUCAUAUACAUGAUUUGCGAGCCUCCUGGAGAGCCGUACUACAUUGCGAGAAUAAAAGGUUUCGCUCGGAAAGAGAAGGACGAUGCCACCAAAAGCGCAAAGAAUUACAACUUCGAAGUUUGCUGGUUUUAUCGGCCGCGCGAUCUCAACAGGAAGUCGCCGGAUUCAAGAUUGCUAUUUGCAUCUCUGCAUAUGGAUGAAUGUCCUAUCUCAAGUUUUCGAGGUUUCGUUACUGUGAAGCACCGAUCAGAAAUUGAAGAUUUGGAUGCAUACCGAAUGAUUCCUCACAGUUUUUACUUUGAAAAGCUCUAUGAUAGAUACAUGGUGAAAAUGUACGACGUACUCCCAACGAUAAAGCUCACGAAUUUGCCGCCAAACUAUUACAAAGCUCUCACGAAACGUUAUGAAUAUAUUUUUGUCGAGGUGGGACGAGGACAAGAUCUACUGUCAGACCCGAAAAAUUGCGAAAAGUGUAUGCAAUGGGCCGCAUCCUCUGAUUCAGUACAGUGCUUAAGGUGUCAAAAGAUUUACCAUUUGCUUUGUGUGGACCCGCCUAUCAUGAACAAACCCAAAAGAGGUUUUGCAUGGUUUUGUGCUGCUUGUAAUAAAGAGCUGGAGGAAGAAUUGUCGGAGAAACGGGGUCAUAUGCUCCAUAGUGGUCUUCCUUCUCAGAUUGCAGCGUCGAUAAAAGAUGAAGAUUCCGAUGCAAGUGAGGACGUUUCUAGUUCCCAGACGCCCAUGGAAGCAGAAUCCAGGUCCGAAUCCAUUCAGACUAAUGAAACAGAACCACCGAACGGCAAGCUUGCACGGUAUGAGGAGCUUGCCAUUGCAUUUCUUGAAGCAGAUAAGAAUUUGAGCUUUGAGAAAAGAAGAGAGUUGGAAGAGUGGCCAUACAGAUACCUCGGUAUGCAUGCCAAACUAGAAGACGCGCUAGACCUCCAAGACCGACCAUAUCCGCGAGCGGCCUCAAGACUGGGAACAAAGCACCAGUUUACGGGAAUUGUCGAUUGGUAUGGCCACCCAGUCGUAUACUAUGACGAUUCAAAUUAUUCAAAGGCCAAAAGCCGGAAAAAGAGUACCAAAAAGAAAAGUCCAUCGCAGAUCGACGAAGACAGUGGUAGUUUUCCCAUGCCGGAGAAGUACAGAGAUUAUGAUCCUGAUGAUUUACCUAAAUGGCUACAACCAAAACCUAAAGGAUAUGUGGAGCGAGGCACGGAUGCUACCAGCGAGCUUCUUUGGAAGCAACCUGAAAAUGAUGAUGGGAUGGUUGAAAGAUAUCUAGCAGAUGCAAAGCCUUUUGUGGAGAGGCUGGGUAUGAUUCCCACGACACCCAAUUUCAUUGAUGCUGCACUGAAAACUUUGAUGCAUAAUGAUUACAAUCCUGAAAAAGCUUUACAGGAAGUAUCCAAAUUUACGAGAGACUCUUUGAAGGAGCCAACCUUUACACCGGAAGAAAUCCAAAGGUUCGAGGAGUCUGUCAAGAUAAAUGGAAGCGAGUUGUUCCCAGUGUUCAAAGACGUUAAGACCCAGUCAUCAGCUAUGAUAGUCCGAUUUUACUACCUUUGGAAGAAAACAAAAAAUGGCCAUUUAAUUUGGGAUAACUACGCAGGCAGACCUAAAAAUCGUUUGACAAAGCUUGCAAAAGCAGAGGGUGUCGACGUUAAUGAUUCUGAGGAUGAUUCUUCUUAUAGUACGGAGAAGAUUGAGAGAAAUAAUGUCAUUUUUGAGUGCAAGCACUGUCAUACAAGAAAUUCCAAGAAAUGGUACAAGCUUUCAGGAACUACUCUUCCAGAAUCAUACGAGCAGGUGUUCCCAGGUCUUUGUUUACGGUGUGCCCGUCUUUGGAGAGAAUAUGGUGUAGAGUGGGAAGAUCCCUACGAGAUUAUGCGCAAACAAAGUCAACGGGGUGGAAAUGGAUGGAAGCGAAAGAUCGAGUUUGAGCUGUACGAGGAUGCCCGCAAAAUUAUCAAAGCAAGAGAAGAGUGUCAGCUGUGGCCUCGUAAGCACACAGAUUGUGACAAGAAACCGGAUAUCUCACGAAGGAGCAAAUCAAAAAUUAAGGAAGAUAUGGGUUCAUAUGAAGAUCCAUUCGAGGACAAGCUAAAGAAAAAGUCAAUCAAGGUCAAGAAACCUCCAAAAGCAGAGUCUGCUCAAAAACAAUCUUUAACGGUCACAUUACCAUACUCUGAAGUGCGAAAAAGCGAAGAGCCGGUGAAUUUGAAGAAAAGAGUUUCCGAAGAAGCUCUCGAAAGUAAAGUCAAAAAGCAGAAACCUGCUCCGCUGGAAUCCCGCUACGAAAGCAAGUUUGAUAUCUCCAUACCAAACCAUCAAUUCAAGGGGGAGAAGCAAUACAAACCGCCAUUUGCAAAUGAUACUCGUGCCUGCUGCGUGUGUAGAGAGUAUGGAAUGGCUGAAGAGAUCUUGAUUUGCACUUUAUGUGGUUUGAAUGUCCAUGCAUCUUGCUAUGGAGAUAUCAAUAUGGAAUCACCAUCGGAACUGAGCAGUUAUAAGUGGCUUUGCGAUACUUGUUCAAAUGACCUACACCCUCUGUAUUCCACUCAUUACAAAUGUGUUUUGUGCCCAGCAAAGGAGACAGAUAGUAAAGGAAGCAAAUCAGGAUUCUCAUACUCAUACCCUGAUGCCCUGAAGAGAACGGCAAGUGGCAACUGGUGCCAUAUAAUCUGUGCAACCUUUGAUCCUUUUUGCGGAUUUGGCUCCAACUCUUUGCAACCAGUGUUUGGUACUGAGCUUUCUCUUUUGAAAAACUCUGGCAGAAAAUGUACCAUUUGUGGAUACGGUGGCAGUCUCCUUGAUUGUAAAGUUUGUCAGAAGCCUAUACACGUAUCAUGCUGCCUGGAUACCGAAGGUUGCACUGUUGGAUUCGAGUUGGUACCUGAUAGAACGUUCAAUUCUAAAGUGAAAGAUUUCAACAAAUCUAUGCGGCCAGUACCACGGAUAGUAUGCUGUGGUCACCAGUUAACAGACUUUGUUUCCUUACGCGCUCCUGGAAAGAUGAAAGGAAAGAAGGAACAACCACUCAUCAAGCUUUAUUGCACAGAGCUCAAACAAAACAGGUCUGCAGCAACAGGCGAAUACUGGCAUCAGCUCUAUGAAGAAUCUCUCAAAAUGAUGAAAAGAGACACCUCGCUUGCUAAACUUCCUGUACCUGUUCCCCAUGAAUGCCAGCAUUGCCAUAAUACCAGAUCUCUGAGAUGGUACGAGGAGGCUGGUAGCCAGGGAGAAGUGUGUCACCAGUGCUUCGUCAGAAAGAAAAAUGAUGAGAGUUUGAUAGAUGUGCUGCCCGAUGUCUUAUCUCUGAACAGGAUUGAGCUGAAUGGUACAAAGUUUGGAUUACUUGGCCUCGAUGACAAAUUGAAAGAUUCUCGAAUGUCAAUCAAAGAUAUGCUUUCGUGA